AUAUUAGUCAAAAUAAUGGAUCAAAGUUUAUCACUUUUGAUUGGAAAAGCCAAAGAUGGCUACAUAAAAAAGGAUUGAGGUAGUACAUUUUUUUAUCUGUCUAAGUCUGAUCUAAUCUGAUCUAAUAUAAUUUUUUUGAACUGUAAUCAAAGAUAUGAUAGAUGCUCGUUUUAUUGGUUUUAUUGUAAUCAUAUCGAAGAUAUGAUAGAUGUCUGAUCUUAUAUGAUAGAUGUUUGUUUUAUUGUAUUUUACUGUUAUCGAAGUAUAGUCUCGUCUAAAUUAAUCUAUUUAAGUCUCACUAGAUCUAAUCCGAUAAAUUGACUUAAAUUAAUUUAAUUAAAAACAUCUAUAAUCCAUCAUCUUCAUCACCCUCUUCCACUCAGAACCUCAACUCUGCACGCCGUGACGGUGUUAGAUCCUCUACCUCGGCCACCUCUAUCUCUCUCUCUUCCGUUGCUAGAUCCUUCCUCCCUGCUCACCGUCGCCUGCGCCUCGAUCCAGCUAAUAAUCUAUAUUUUUAUGAACCAGGAAAGCAGACGAGGAGUGCUGUUAGGAUUAAGAACAAUAGCAAAUCUUAUGUAGCUUUUAAGUUUCAAACAACAUCACCAAAGAGCUGUUAUAUGCGACCUCCGGGAGGUAUUCUUGUGCCUGGUGAAAACAUUAUUGUCACUGUCUUCAAAUUUGUGGAGCAUCCAGAGAAAAACGAAAAACCGCCCUUGGAUAAAAAAAGCAAGGUCAAGUUCAAGAUCUUGAGCUUGACAAUAAAAAAAGGUGCAGACUAUGUGCCAGAGCUGUUUGAAGAGCAAAAAGAUAAAGCAACUGUUGAGCGAGUUUUGAGAGUGGUUUUCCUGGACCCAGAACGCCCUUCUUCGGCACUGGAUAAGUUGAAGCGCCAGUUGGCCGAAGCUGAUGCUGCUACAGAAGCUUACAAGAAACCUGUGGUCGAUACAGGUCCAAAAGUUGUGGGAGAAGGUCUUGUAAUUGAUGAAUGGAAGGAGCGACGAGAAAAAUAUCUAGCGCGUCAACAAAUCGAAGAAGUGGAAUCAAAGUAGAAACCCGUUAAUCCAAAACCACCCAUUUUGUGCGACCCUUUGCUAAUGACCUAAUGUGAUUGGAGAAGGGUAGUGUUCCGCAUCAUGUAUAGUUUGCAUAAUAAUGUGAUUUGGGAUUACUCCGUACUAUCUCAUGUGUGCUGAAAUGGAUCUUAUGAGCAAGAAUGAGCUUUUCUAGCACGUAGGUAUUCUUUUUGGAUAUUAGUACUCCCUUCAAAAAACCACAACCAUGACUGACAUUUUUAUUUUCAAGAAUGCACCUGUAUGUUUGUAAUCAAAUGUGUAGUACAUUACAGACUGAUUCUGUAAAAA